UGAAAACCCAGUGGCCGCAACACAAACGCACUGAAAAUUAUACCUAAAAUACAGAGGGAUUGAUUUUCCAUUGAAAAAUGCAGAAACUGAAAUUCAUAUUACAACCGAAUCGUGCUCUACAAAGAUAUGGUUUUAUUUUUUAUCAAAACCGAAACUUUUCUGCACUUCCCAGUUAUACCCAACUAGACUAUCUCCAAGAAGAGGUCUUAGUUGAAGGGAGAGCCAAAUCAAGGGCAGCCAUACUAAACAGACCAUCUGCACUCAAUGCUCUCACUACAUCCAUGGCUGCUCGUUUAAAUAGAUUAUACGAGUCUUGGGAGGAUAAUUCAGAUAUUGGAUUUGUCAUGAUGAAGGGUAGCGGCAGGGCAUUCUGUUCUGGAUCAGAUGUUGUUACAUUGCAUCAGUGGCUUAAUCAAGGGAAGACUGAAGAAUGUAAGGCUUUCUUUGAGACUUUAUACAAAUUUGUAUAUGUUCUGGGAACAUAUCUGAAGCCACACGUGGCUAUCCUGGAUGGUAUCACAAUGGGGGGUGGGGCAGGUAUUUCGCUCCCCGGGAUGUUCCGCAUUGUAACUGAUAGAACUGUUUUUGCAACUCCGGAAGCUCAAAUUGGUUUUCAUCCCGAUGCAGGGGCUUCGUAUUAUUUGUCUCGCCUUCCUGGCUAUUUAGGAGAGUAUUUGGCACUUACUGGAGACAAGCUUAAUGGUGUGGAAAUGAUUGCUUGUGGUCUCGCUACACACUAUUCACUGAAAGAAAGGCUUCCUUGGAUUGAAGAACGCCUUGGUAAAUUGAUUACUGAUGAUCGUUCAGAAAUUGAAAAUUCUCUUGCUCAAUAUGGUGAUUUAGUCUACCCGGAUAAAAGGAGUGUUCUUCACAAGUUAGAAACAAUUGAUAAAUGUUUCUGCCACGAUACAGCGGAAGAGAUCAUGAAUGCUUUGGAAAUUGAGGCAGCAGAGUCUUAUAGUGAAUGGUGUAUCACAGCGCUUACAAAAUUAAAAGAAGCUUCUCCAUUGAGCUUAAAAGUGACUUUGCAAUCAAUUCGAGAAGGUAGGUUUCAAACUCUUGAUCAGUGCCUGGCAAGGGAAUAUCGAAUAUCCCUGAAAUGGAUUUCCAAACGGGUGUCAAAUGAUUUUUCUGAGGGUAUUCGUGCAAGAUUAGUUGACAAGGACUUUGCUCCAAAGUGGGAUCCUCCCAAUUUGGAGCAAGUAACUGAUGACAUGGUUGAUAGCUUUUUCUCUCCUCUUGGUGAACUUGAGCCAGAACUAAAUUUGCCUACUGCAUUGCGAGAGCCUGAUGUAUGAAAGCUUUCGCAGUUCUUAUAGCAGUGCUAUGUUUUGGUCUCCAUUUAUGAACAGUUUUCAUGAGGUGAUAUGGGUUUCUGGUAGGUUUCUUCAUUAAAUAGAGGAAAAGAACCUAAAUUAUGGAUGUAUCACGAUGUUUCUGUAAUUGCCUGUGGCAUCAUUUUAUGUUUCUUUCUGUUCUCAACCUCGAGUUGCAUAGGGACCUGCUUUCUUGACUUAUUUGUGAAGCACUUUAUUUUAAAAAUCAUUGCCUUUAAUAAGGGUGUGGUGAGAGUAAGUUACUGGAGAUUGGUUUUUGUUAUCUAUUUUAGUUGUUCUUUUAUUCUCUAUC